GGACGAAUGAGGAGCGUGAAGUCCUCCUUCUGUGAAGAGAAACUAAAUACCAGUUGAUUUCAUUCGCUUGUAGAGAGAGAGAGAGUGAGAGAGAUGGCAAUUCAAGCAGCUUUGAGGCCUUUCAGCACCGCAAACAGACUCAAUCCAUCAAUCUCCUCUGUUCACAAACCCAAGACUCUUCUUUGCAGGGCAUCUCUCUCCAAUCUUGUUGGCUCAGAAGCUGGCGUGUGCUUGAGUGUUGGAACCCACUUCAUUCCCCAUCCCGACAAGGUUGAGAAAGGCGGAGAAGACGCCUUCUUUGUCAGCAACCACCGGGGCGGAGUCAUUGCCGUUGCCGACGGCGUUUCUGGUUGGGCUGAAAAAGAUGUGAAUCCAGCUCUUUUCUCUCGUGAGUUGAUGGCUCACGCCUCUAGCUUAGUUGAAGAUGAAGAGGUUAACUAUGAGCCAAGAAGUUUGAUUAGGAAAGCACAUGCUGCUACCACUUCCAUUGGCUCUGCCACUACAGUUGUUGCUAUGCUUGAAAGGAAUGGGAUAUUGAAGAUGGCGAAUGUAGGGGAUUGCGGUGUGAGAAUCAUACGGAGAGGUCAAAUAGUAUUUUCUACAUCUCCACAAGAACACUAUUUCGACUGCCCAUUUCAGCUGAGUUCGGAGGCUGCUGGUCAGACAUUCCUGGAUGCAACGGUGAUGACUGUGGAGCUGAUGGAAGAGGAUACAGUCGUGAUGGGGUCGGAUGGGUUAUUCGACAAUGUUUAUGAUACAGAAAUUCUUGCAGUUGUGGACUCAUGUGAUAAUGUUGCUGAUGCUGCAAAGGCAUUGGCUAAUCUUGCUCAUAGCCAUUCAAAGGAUUCGAGCUUUGACUCCCCUUAUUCCCAAGAGGCUCGAGCCCGGGGAUUUGAUGUUCCUUGGUGGAAUCCCAUUAUGCCUAUGUUCUUGAUAAGAAUAUGUGAUGCUUUUGAGCAGGGAUUUGAUGUUCCUUGGUGGAAGAAAUUCAUGGGGAUGAAGUUAACAGGUGGGAAGCUUGAUGAUAUCACUGUGAUCAUUGGGCAAGUGGAGAGCUCAUUGAGCUCAUGAGAGAGAGCACUUGCAGUAACCAUGUUUCAUUGGACUGAUGCAUGUCUACAGAAAUUCUUGGUAUUGAUUGAUUGUUAGGGGAAUAUAUAUACAUGAUGAGAUUUCAUUUGGAAGAAACUUAAAAACCCAGAAUUGCAAGAACAAAAAAUCAAUUCAAAAAAAGCAAUAUCCAAUUUCAA